ACGGUCAUUGCAUUUUCAUUAUCGUUUCCAAUUAUUUUUAUUCGAAAUGAUUAUUUUUUGUACACAUACUCAUGUAACUGGCUGGAAAUGGAAGGACGAGGAUUGAUCUUUUCUUUAUUAAUAGGUGUUAUAUUUAUGGUAGCGUAUACUACGGCGAAAUCAACGUAUCCUAAAAAAGAUGCUUUAAAAGAAGUUGCAGAAAAGAAAACCAGCUACUUAAGAUUAAAAAAGGAAGAAACGAUGGGCGAUAUAGAAAGCGAUUCUGAUAAUAAUUCUAAAAACGACCCUGAAAGUAAUUCUAAAAAUGGUUCUGAAAAUUCCAAAAACGAAUCUAAUUAUUCAAAAAACGACUCUGAUAAUAAUGCUAAAACCACAGUUGGCCAAACUUCGGAUUCUGUUGAGCAAAAUACAGAAUCUAAUGAAAUCAAUCAAGGGUCCGAUGCUAGUGACCAAGAAGAAGAAAAUGAUUUAAACCAGUCAAAAAAUAAUAAAGAAACUGACGAAAAUGACUCUUCUAACAACGACCCAGAUAGUGACACCCCCAGAUUCCAACUAAAAGAGGAGAAAAGAUCAGUCAUGGCAGGUGACACUUUUACUCCUAGCGAAAUGUUACCUAUUGCAAAAAAACUGUUAUCUAAGGUUGAAAACCCUGGGGAGGGCAAAGGCAUUGUGAGCUCGGCUAAAAACUCCCAAGAGUUAUCCGACAGAUUAUUUGAAGCUUUUUUUCUUACACAUAAAAGAAUAGUGACGUUAAAAGAUUUUGAUAUUUCCGGAUUGGAUGCAUUACAAGCUCUUGCUUUGAGCGGAGAGCCUGCAAAUCUGCGCACUGCAUCAGAGUCGGUAACAGCAACACCAAAGUAUAGAAUUUUAAAUUUCGAAGGACAAUAUGUAGGCGUUGACACCAAACCGAGACAAUGCCACUACAGACUGAUAACAAAGAAAGAUAACACUGGACGUACAAAGCCAAACAAAAACAAACGUCGUCAAGUUAUAGAUUUAGCCAGCAGGCUGGCGAAAAAACGUCGAUUAGUCGUCAAAGCGGGUUUGAGAGAUGAAAAAAUAAAAAAUGCUAAUAAAUCACCUAAGGAUAUUGGUCAACAGAAAAAGCGUGUCAAGAUACGAUCGAAACAGAAGCCGAACAUUGUGUAUCUCAAGAAAAGUAAAACAAAUGUUUUAAGAAGCAAUCAAAAUAAAUAUAACGCUGACAGCUUGAAAGGUAUUAAAAAUAAUGAUAUAUCUAAUACGUCUACACCAGCAUGCCGUUGGCAAUAUAAAUGCCAAGAUAUGUCAAAUCUGGACACCUGUAGGUUGCAUACAAAAUGUAAACAAGAAGUAAACAAACCCGCUAAUAAUCUAGUUGGUGAUAACCAUAAUGAAGAAUACACCUUAGCUCUGAAACGGUUUCGUAAAAUGUUGCGCAUUUCUGAUGUGGAUGAGGAGGUGGAAAAAAUAUUAGAGAAUCGCAUCAUCAACUUGAGACCGCCGCACAUGAAAGGAGUAGAAAGAAUUGAAACACUGGCGGAAUACUUCAACAAAAUAAUUAUAUCUGAAUUUCAAAGAACUACAACGCCCCUUCCUCCUUCCAUCGUAGAUUUAUUAGCGGAAGCUAAUACAGAAAGUGUACCGCAAGAUAUGGUUGCUAAAAUUUAUGAAAAUGGAGCGGAUGACGAAAACAAGGAGAGGAAAAGGCGCCGUUUAUCAAACACUCGUACGACGCCACUGGCGCCAUAACAAAACAAAAUAAAGUAGUCAAAAAAUAUUAAAAUUAGUAUUCGUUGA